AUGGCCGACGCACAGAAACAGAUGCAGGCUCUCUCGGAUGAGUUCCAAAAGUUGCAAACCGAUCUCGAAGGUUUCAUCGACGCGCGCCAGAAGCUCGAGUCGCAGCAGCAGGAGAACCAGGAUGUACAGGCCGAAUUCGCGAAGCUGGAUGAGGAGUCGAACAUCUACAAGAUCGUGGGCCCGGUCUUGCUGAAGCAGGAAAAGAAUGAGGCGGUGAUGGCUGUCAAUGGCCGUCUUGAGUUCAUUGAGAAGGAGAUCAAACGAAUUGAGGGUCAGAUCAAGGAGGGACAAGAGAAGGCCGAGAAGAAGCGCGCUGAGAUCGUCCAAUUCCAGACCCAGAUUCAGCAACAAGCUGCUGCUGCUGCCGCCUCGGCUUCCGCCUGA